AUGUCACCAGCAAACGAUGGCCCAUCGCCAGCAGACGAUAGCCUGUCACCAGCAAACGAUGGCCUGUCACCAGCAGACGAUGGCCUGUCACCAGCAAACGAAGGCCUGUCACCAGCAGACGAUGGCCUGUCACCAGCAAACGAUGGCCUGUCACCAGCAGACGAUGGCCUAUCACCAGCAAACGAUGCAAACGAUGACAUAACAACAGCAGACGAUAAUAUAUCACCAGAAGAUGAUAGCACAUCACCAGCAGAUGAUAACCAAGAGCCAGAAGAUGACGGCAUAAUACCAGCAGACGAUGAAAUAUCAACAGCAGACGAUGACUCAUCAACAACAGACGAUGGAACAUCAGCAGCAGACGACGGUAUAUCACCAGAGAAGAUCAUCUACCAACAGCAGACGAGGACUUAUCACCACAGACGGUCACCUAUAAACAGAAACGAUGACAUAUCACCAGCAGACGAUGGCAUAACACCAGUAGACGAUGGCAUAUCACCAGCUGAAAGUAACCAAAUGCCAGAAGACGACGGCAUUUCAUCAGCAAAUGGUGUCAUUUCAGCAGCUGAUGAUGACGUAUCGCCAGCUGAAGAUGGCAUAUCACCAACAGAUGAUGGUCUAUCACCAGGGACGACGGAACAUAAACAGCAGACGAUGAACUAUCACCAGCAAACAAUAAUGUAUCACAAGCAGAUAACGCAUCACAAGCAGACGAUGACGUAUCACCAGCAGACUAUGUCUGUAGACUAUGACUCUGGACCUGGUCCAGCAGACGAUGGCAUAUAA